AUGUCCCUGGUCUCUCAGAUAGUGAAUCUUAAUGACACCUUUGGGGUUCUGAUGAUUGGAACUGUUGUGACCGCCGUGCUUUUGGGCGGUGUUUACUUACAGGCCUACUACUACUUUGUGACAUACACCGACGGGAUUUUGCUUCGAAUAACGGUUUUGUCGCUUGUUGCCUUGGAAACAUUGUAUAUUGCCCUCAAUGUUCACGCUGUGAACCACUAUCUUGUGGUCAACUAUUUCAACCCCUUUGCCUUGGAAAACAGCGUCUGGUCAUCAUCGCUCUCGGCCAUUUCAGUGAGAUCCUUUAAUUUUAUCGUAGACUUUCGCGUCCCCGACUUGCAAAAGAUUACAGGACUCCCAGAGAAAAUCGGGAAAGCUAUCCUAUCAUCAGCUGCGGCAAUUGACAUCACAAUUGCUCUGACGCUUAGUUAUUACCUUCACAAAAAGCGAACUGGAUCCAGACGGACGGAUAAGAUGAUCAACCGUCUCAUAAAAUACACCAUUAACAAUGGUAUAUUAACUAGCGCUGUGGAUUUAAUUACUCUGGCUUUGAUCAUUGCUCGUCCAAGAAACUUUCUAUUCUUCACCUUCACUCAAAUACUAUCCGGUCUGUAUUGCAACUCUCUGCUGGCAACUUUCAAUUCGCGACGACAAGCAAAAAAGAUUCAACGCAGCAACAUCAUUUCUAGCUCAUUUUCUCCUUCUACGCAUACAACAAAUCCCGUGUUUUAUGUCAGCAGAAGCGCUGCAUCAGGUGGGGAGAUAGAUGUAUUUGCCUCUCGGAGCCACGAUAUAGAGCUUGGAAAAAUGAAUGUGAAUUCGCAUGACUACCAAUGA